CGCCGCCCGCGCCGCCCGCGAGCCAUGGCGCCGCCGCCGGCGCGCAGCGGCGCACACUCGAUGGAGCGCGUCUCCAUGUCCUCGGCCUCGACCGGCUCGCUGCACCGCCGCUCCUCGUCGCAGCAGGCCCGCCCGCGGCCAACGGCGUGUCCCAUCGUGCUCUGGACGCACGAGCCGCCGAACUUCUCGCCCGCCGACGUGGUGAUCCACCCGGAGCUGCCUGCCGUGCUGGGCGGCGUGGGAGACGCAGAGCUGCUCGAGAUCCGCAGCCUCGCCGCCGGCAGCGCCGACACGAGCGCCAAGGGCCGGCGCUUCCUCUUCCGCGCCACCACAGCUGUGGCUGAGGGCGAGGCGCUCGGGCGCGCUGCCGGCAAUCUGCAGCUAAGCAUCUCGCGCAGCAUCGCGGGUCUGUACGGCCUGCACAAUCGCUGCGACGUGCUUCUCUCAAAGGUGCCGCGCGACCCACACACCAUCUCGCACGUCGAGCUGUAUUUCCGCGACCAGUACGUCGGGCGAGCAGACAUGUGGCGCCUGGCGGCGAGUCUGGAAGACACCUGCGUCUACGUGGGCCAGCGCAUCACGCUCGCCGGCUGCGUCCGGGCGACAGUCGGGCGCAUCUUCAUCGAUGCGAAGAAGGUAACGUCCGGCUUCGUUGCGCCGCAUACGCGCACGAUCUUCCGCUCCGAGUCGGCCAAGUACAAUCUCCUGAUCCAGCUCGGGCGCGAGAUGUGGGAGUUUGACGAGGACGGCGAGCUGUACUUCGAAAAGGCCAUCAGCGGCUUCAUCCCCGAGCUGCUGCGGCGUUGGAACGCGGUGCCGACGAACCACGUCGUCUCCGUCGUCCUCUUCGCGCGCGUCUACUACGACGUCGGCGACCUGCACAUGCUCGAGGACGCCGCGCUGCCGGUGCGCAAGUCUGAAGACGGCCGCUGGUACAUCGACUACUACAAGGUCAUCGUCGAUCUCGAGGGCAGCUGCGACUGGGCGCAGGCAGUGACGAGCCUCAAGGAGGAGUUCUUCCGCUUCCAGCACGACAUCCUGCUGCUGCGCCGCCCAGUUGCAGGCCCGGCGGGCGCGCCGUGGGCAGAAGACCCGCACGCAGACCUCCUGCGCCGCGACCGGGCGCUGCUUGCUGGGCGACUCAGCGCAUCGCACGAGGGCAACAUCCUCGAAGCGCUGAAUCUUGCGCUCAACCCUGCGGACGCGCACUUCGUCGAUCGCGAUCUCACGCGCACGGGGCUGGACGUGGUGGUCGUCUCGGCCGGCACCGGCCACUUCCGCGUCGACAAGCGGCUGCUGCGCCUCACGACGGAGCGCAUGAUCGACAGCGGCUUCGGCCUGGACCUCGUCUGCCUGACCAAGAUGCCGCUGCAUUCCGUGCCGCUUUUCCACUUCAAAAGCGAGAUCCCAGAGGCUCGCACUGCGCCGCACGGACCAGCGUCUGCAACCGGCUCUCGAGGACGGCGCGGCCGCGGUCCGAGUGCCGCUGCUCCAAGCAGCGCCCCACCUGACCCGCUCUACUUCGACCCGCUGCACGCGAGCUCCACAACCGCAGGGCCCGGCGCGGGCACGACGCACACGACUGCCGCCUCGUCCGGCUACGGCCUCGUCGACUUCUACUCGAUCCCGCACUGGGUCGACUGCUCCUUCUACAACCUGCAGCAGGACAAGCCCUUCCGCGCCGACCGCUUCGUGCCGCGCUGCAAGAUGCACGAGGUGCAGAUGAUGGGCAUCAUGGAGAACGAAAUCAGCGACAUUUCGAUCCCGUACCUCGAGCUGGGCAGCCUAGGCAUUCCUGGGCUCGUUGCGGCGCCGAAGAGCAUGGGCAGCAGCAUGGCCAUGAGCGGCGGCCGCGACCGUGCACCGCGCGGCCUGCAGGGCAGUAGCCUCACGCGCGUGAGCGAGGGCGAGACGGGCCUCGAUCUUGCCGGCAUGGGCCCCCGCGAGGCCCGCAGGCUGAUGCGCGAGCGCUUCGACCGCGAGACGAUGCGCGACCUCGAGACUGCGCCCGCGGCUGUGCGCUCGUCGCUUGUCUAUGCGGCUUCAGGCCGGGUGCCUGCACCUUCUACGAGUCCGUCCCGCAGCCUGCACCACAACUUCUCGAACGAGCAGCUGCGCCAGCGUGCGCGCGAGCAGCAGGCUGCGGCUUCUUCAUCUGGGCGGUCGCCCGUCACUCCGGGCCGGAUAGCGCGGCCCGGCAGGCACAGCAGAGACACGCGCAAGCAGUCGACGAUGCUAGAGGCGCACGAUGAGCAUCCGGCGGAUCGCAUGGAGGGCGCGACGCACACCACGGAUGGCACUGCUGAGCAGCACGCCAACGCAUCGACUGCGCUGAGCUCACCGAACUCGCCAAAUGCGAAUCGCUUCUCAGCAGUGCUCAGCGACGACAGCAUCGGGCCGAGCAUGUCGCGGGCGCUCUCAAGAGCCAGCUCCUUCCGUAGCUUGAACACGCUCAGCCGCGGGCUGAGACCGCUCGAACCCAUCGGCAAGGCCAGGGCGCUCGUUGCGCCGUCGGAUGUGCUGCCGGACGAGAUGGACGGGCCCGUGGCGCCAACCACUUCUCCUGUGCAUCCGAGCGCAUCCGCAGCGCUGAUGAAGAACUCCAAGGCGGGCAGCAAGAGCUCAUCGCGCUACCGCUCGCCGGCGAACUGGCUGUGGUCCUCGUUCCGCAGCAGCCUCGCGAAUCCCCCACAUGAGGAGAGACACGCUCAACAGGAUCCUACCUCGCCUCCGGGCGCUGCAUCGGCGAGCAAGGAGGGCAUCGAGUCUUCGACGGCUGCCUCGCGGCGGAUCGCUGCGCUGCUAGCCUCAAGUCGGCCGACCUCCAGUUCACCCGCGCCUUCGGUCACCUCUCCGAGCUCGGCAGAGAAGUCGCCGGUCGGGAAGGAGGAGAGUGCGCCGAGCCCCAUCGCGAUCCCACCUGCGAUGCCUACGGACCGAAGCUCCGACGGCAAGCACCACAACGCGCAGGACGCGCCGGGAGCCGCUGCCGAGGCUGCGGAGGAGCAGGCGCAGCGCGAGCAGGACGCCUACGAACAGGCGCUCGAGGAAGAAGAGGCACGCGCACGCUACGCACAGUGUGCGCAAGUCGAGAAGCAGACGCUGGUCAAUCCGUCGAACCCGCGCAAGAGCCUGGCGGCCAAGGCGACCAACACGCAGCUCAUGCGCUGGCAGCAUCUCUUCCCGCGGCGGCUCAACCAUCACGCUGUCAAGUGGCGCAGCAUGACCAGCCCGGCGUGUCUGCCUCUGACGACGCUGUACCUUCCGACCGAGAGCGAUCUGGCUUCGCAAUGGCUCGAGUACCCCUACACGAUGAGCAUUUCGUCGGAGAUGAACAGCUUUCUCGUCAAGCGCAAUCCGUCGACACAUCCUGCGCUCGCGGUGCUGCGCGAGAUGGCGUCGCAGCGUCUCGCUCAGGGCUAUCAGUUCAUCGUGCCUGCAGGAGGCCAGUCUGAGAGCGCCGAUGGCAGCACAGGUCCGACUGCAGUAUCGAGCCGCUCGCUGGUCAACGACAAGCCGCGCCCAUUUGUGCUGCGCCAGCCCUCGGAGCUCUUCCAGCCCGGCAAUCUUGUGUCGGGCAACCCGAUCUUCCUGAGCGUGUCGAACCAGAUCCACCGCAUCGCCUACGACCGGCAAAUCGGCUCAAUCAACGUCAAACGCUACGUCCGCCGCACGGAGCACGAGACGUCGCCGCUCGAGUACGCAUGCUGCGUGUGGCCGCGCGACCUGCCCGGCUACCAGACGGUGCGCGCCACCUUCCACUACCCCGACUUCGGCGCGUACAACUGGACGUACCUGGACGCGCUCAUCGCGGGCCACUCGGACGAGGAGCGCUUCAUCGAGAGCCUGCGCUACUGGCGCACACGCUUCGUGGUCGUGCCGUCCGAAGGGCCAGCGCCGCCGAUGCGCGCACCGACAGGCGAGGCGCUCAGCGACGAAGAGAUCCGCCUCAUCGGCAUGGACCGUCUCGCCGACCUGUUCGCACGCGCCCGCCUCCGCCCGCGCACGAAUGAGGACCGCAGUCUGGCGCCGCUGCGCUUCAUUCCGACCAGCCUCGAUCCGGCUGCGAGCUUCCACGACGCAGACUUCAUGCGACAGAUGACCGCCGCCAUCGAGGAGAGCAACGCGCGCGAUGCGUCCUUCCGGCGCGACCGCAGCGCCGGCGGCGGGCGGCGCAGGCCGAUCAAGGAUCUUGACUUGCGCAGCAUCGCCGUCGAGAUGCGCAGCGACUCGAGUGGGCUGCGCAUCAACGACAAGUUCUGGCAGCGCGUGCUCUACGAGGAUUCGUUCACGGGCGCCGACCUCGUCACCUGGCUGUGCCGCAACUUCCCCGACGUCAAGAUGCGCGAUGACGCCGUCGAGGUCGGCGCUCGUCUGCUGCGCGAGGGCCUCUUCGAGCACGUCAAUCGGGCGCACGGCUUCCUCGAUGGCUAUUACUUCUAUCGCCUGCGUCCGGAGUACUCGUCGCCGCGCACGAAGAAGUGGUUCGCCAGCGGAUCCCGGCCUAGCACAGAGGACGGCAGCAACGCAGGCUCGCGGCCCGGUACCGGCGGCGGCAGCCGAGGCGCCUCGCGGGACCGCGCGCCGAGCUUCGUUGAGGGCUCCAGCCUUGGCCGGCGUGGCACGCUGCUGCAGAACUCGCAGGGUCGUUCGUCGCACCAGCGACGCAAGCUUGUCAAGCUAUCGCGCACGCACAUCAUCGACAUCGACCCCAGCCGCCGCAGCGACCGCGCCGAGGUUGCCUUCUUGCACCACGACGUUGCACACAACCCAGCGAACGGCUUCAACUUCCAGAUCCACUGGCUCGGCACGACCGCGCGCUUCAUCGAAGACGCCGUGCAGGCCUGGACGCGCACGGUGGAGCGCUACGGCCUGCGCCUCAUCGAGGCGCCCAUCGGCCAGAUCGCCGAUGUCACUGCGCACAACCCGUUCCAGGCGCCGCUACAGAUUGCACUGGCCCUGAGUCCGCCCGCGCCGUCUGCCUAUCUGCCGCUGCUGGCCGAGCAUGUGCGCCCAGAGCACUACUUUGAGUGGGCGCUGCUGCGCCGCUUCGGCUUCAUCCUCGACCAGGAAGCGAGCGACCGCUUCCCCGAAGACGUCGACAUCGUCUAUGACUCGCGUCCCAAGCAUUUCGAGUACUCGCAGUUCGUGCACCGCUCUGGCGUUGCCUUUGUGCAGGUUGUCGGCGGCGCCGAGGGCUUCCUCUGGCUCAACAACCGGCUCUUCACGUCGCACCUCUCCAACACGACCACCACGCGGCAGCGCAACGAGCGCGAUGGCCCGCUGCGCGGCGGAGGUGCUCACGCCUCAUCGUCACCGGCCAUUGGCGCAGUCGGCGCAUCAGGCGCGGGCAGCAGCGGCAACGCAGCGGCGCCGCAGCCCGACGCCGAGUCUGUGCGGCGCGAGUUCAGCGCGUUCUGCGCCGAUGCCGCCGCCCUCGAGCUCUUCUACCGCAGCGUCCUCGCCAGCCUGGGCGCAGAGGUGCAGCUGCCCAGCAAUGCUGCCGCCGCAUCGACGGAUGGCGACGUCUCGGACGCCGACAUCACAGGCAGCACGGACGGCAUGAGCGAGGCCGGCCUCGACACGGCCAGCCUCGCUGCGAGCCAGAAUCUCGAGCCCGUGCUGGAGGGCUCGCAGCUGCACACGGGCUCCUGAGGCACCUCACGUCACGACUCGUCACGCUAUACCAUGAAUCACCUGCCGCAUGAGUCUCAUUGCGAGACGACGAGAGAAGUAGAGAGGGAAGGAACAGAUCAGAGCGCCAGAACGAGCUUCUUGCCGCUGACGCCGGCCUGCAGCUUGUCGAGCGCCGCGUCGAGGCCGGAGAGGCCGCCGCCCUCGAUCUGGGCCGCCGGGCUCGGCACGAGGCUACCGUUCUCCAGCGCAGGCUUGAGCUGCUCGUGGAAGACCUCGUGGAAGUGCGCGUUGCGCUCCGCCUUGUCGAAGGAUGGCAGGUUGAAGGUGACAGUGGUGUCUGCGGGCGUGGGCAUGUCCUCGGGC